UUCCCUUCUGUCCGUUUCCAAUCAUCUCUCUUAGCUAGCAACUCUGACUCAACUCCAACUCCAUCGCUAGAGAGAGAAACGCCGUCGUCUCUUACUCUCCACCACACACUCUCUCUGCUCCACCGCCAUGAGCCACCACUUUCCGCCAUCUCCCUGAACCUCAACUGUUCGGCGAGCUAUGGACUCAAAGCACAAGCAGAAGCUGCUGAAGCCGAAGCUGGAUCGGCGCAACGCCAUCAAGAACAUUGACUACGACGCCUCCACCUCCGACGAUGCCACCACUCUACGCACCCGCUCUCUCGACCUCUCUCCUAUCUCCUCCCGCACCAGCUUCCGAAUCCAAGGCAGCGCCGCCGAGUUCGACCAAAUCUGCCGCAGCCUCGGCCUCUCCGGCCCGGAGGAUUUUGCCAUUCCAGCCGCCGCUUGGGAGGCCAGGAAGGCCCUGUCAUCGCCUAAUCUCCUUCCCAGGUCUCGCUCUGAUCCUCCGGAGAAGCAGCCGGUGGCGGAGGAGGUGAGCAGAGAGUUUGGAACUAGGGUUAGGGUUAGGUUCGCUGAUAAAAUUGAGGAUGGAAAUGAAAAUGAAAGGGAUAGUGAGAAUGAAUUGAAUUGUGUUGAUUUAAAUUCAGUUAGAAGUGGCGGAGGCGGAAUCAAGGGGGUCCGGCCGCCUCCGGUUCUUGCGCCUCCGCCAGUGAUGAGGCGGCCGGUGGUGGAUAAUGUGAGCUCAACUUGGGAUUUGUUGAAGUCCUUUGCUCCUCAAGGUGAUGAACCUUUGGAUUCGCUGCGUGGUGGUUCCAAAGUUGCUAGCUCUUCGGACGAAGAGGAUGUGGUAAUUGAGAGAAAUAACGUUAAUGGAGGGAAUGCUGGGAUAGGAGAAUCUCGUUUUUUUCCUCGAAGUGACAAUCAUAUGGAUUCGCCGGCUCAGUCCGGAAUUGUUAACCCUUCGGAUGGAGAAGAGCAUACGGAAAUUGAGAGGAAUAAGGUCGAUGGGGAGAACGUCGAUGGGGAGAACAUUGGGACAGAAGAGUCUUGUUCUUCCACGUCAAACGAUGAGGAUGAGGAUUCUAGCAUGACUUUGGAGCCAAUCUAUGGGAUUUCGCCAAAUGGCCAAUUCAAGCGCACCAUCAAUUCCUGGCAGAGGGGUGAGCUUCUAGGAAGUGGAUCUUUUGGAACAGUGUAUGAAGGCUAUACUGAUGAUGGAUUCUUUUUUGCUGUGAAGGAGGUUUCAUUGCUUGAUCAAGGGAGCCAGGGCAAACAAAGCAUUUAUCAACUUGAACAGGAGAUUUCUCUUUUAAGUCAGUUUGAACAUGAGAACAUAGUUCGGUAUUAUGGCACAGACAAGGAUGACUCUAAACUUUAUAUCUUCCUUGAGCUUGUGACGAAAGGUUCACUUUUAAGUCUUUAUCAAAAGUAUGAUUUGCGGGAAAGCCAAGCCUCGGCCUACACAAGGCAGAUUUUAAAUGGUUUGAAAUAUCUACAUGAGCAAAAUGUAGUUCACAGGGAUAUCAAAUGUGCUAAUAUAUUGGUGGAUGUAAAUGGCUCUGUGAAACUUGCGGAUUUUGGAUUGGCAAAGGCAACCAAAUUGAAUGAUGUAAAAUCUUGUAAAGGGACAGUAUUCUGGAUGGCCCCAGAGGUCGUUAACCGGAAGAAUAAGGGCUAUGGGCUUGCAGCUGAUAUAUGGAGCCUUGGAUGCACUGUGUUAGAGAUAUUGACUCGUCGACCCCCAUAUUCCCACUUGGAAGGCAUGCAAGCGUUAUUUAGGAUUGGCAAGGGUGAACCUCCUCCUGUUUCUAAUUCCUUGUCAUCAGAUGCCCGAAAUUUUAUCCUCAAAUGCUUGCAAGUCAACCCUAGUGAUCGGCCUACUGCUGGUCAGUUACUGGACCAUCCAUUUGUGAAAAGGCCACUGCACACUUUCUCUGGCCCUCAAUCUCCUCGUAUGAAUGGAAUACGACCUUAAAAGCUUUUGAUCUUGCUACAGAGAAUCAAAUACAUCAAGUGACAGCUUCUUUGCGCUCACAUGGCUAUCACUUUACUUGGGAUCAUCUGGUGGAAGAUUAGUUUGUGGCUGAUAUAUCUGGUAUUUGACAUGCAAGGAUCAUACACACGUAAAGACAUGAUCGGUCAGCCAUGAUGCCCUCCGGAGUAGAGCGGAUUUUGUAUAAAAAGCCAACCCCGUGUUGGGCUUUGUGUUAUAUCCUCGUUAGCAAGAGAACAAAUUGGUGAGACAGCAUUGUUUUGGAGUUCUGAUUUCUUGGAAUUGGUGUGCAAUUAGCAAGGUAAUUGUUUUGGGAAGAAAGGGUUGAGGGAUGAUGUUUGUAUGGAUCAAGUGUAAAUAUCAAUAAGAAUGUGUAUAAGUUAGCCAAAAAAAUAAAGGGAAAACAAAGAUUCUUCACUUGCUUGCUUUUUUGUUGUAUGAAUUUGUUAAUUAUGUAGGAAAAUUUAGCAAAAAGGAGGUUUGUUUAA